AUGGCAAACGCAGAUCCCUAUGCAGCCCAGAGCCGCGACGACAAGCUCUCCAAGGCGCUCAACUCAGUUCUCCGACACACUGGGCGACGAGAUGGCCUAUACUUCACACGCGGGGGGUUUGCCCGCUUGCAGGACAUCUUGGACUUAAAGCUCCUGCGGAUGAACGUCGCCGAAAAGGAGAUUUAUGCGGUCACCAGCGCUAGCAUCGACUACAAUGGCCACCCGAGGUUUGAGAUACACCCAGGGCCGGACCAGCAAGAUUGGAUCCGCUCGAAGAGCAGGCACACCAUCCCGGGUAUUUGUGCAUCACUCCCGGCAGAGAUAUCGCGCAAGGAUGUGGAAGAGGCAAAAGCCUGUCGCAAGCGCUUGGCCGGUCGAGAUUAUCGCGAGCAAGAGGUCGUGGACACGCAUGAGAAGGCUAAGCCAGCGUCUGGACUUUCCAGCACGGUGGGAAGAGCGAGCUGCGACUUCAACGGACGAGGGUUUGCUGGUGAAUCCACUGGUGAAGCUUGGGGCAGCCAACCGUACUUGACGUUGCAAAGGGGCGAGUAUGUGAUUUGCGUACGCCGCGGGCAAGAUGGCUGGAGCUGGGCGAGAGACCUCCUGGGUGAUGAAGGCUGGUUCCCAAAUGCUUUCUUCGAGCCGUUGCAGACACACGUCUCAGAGCUUGAAGAAAGUGGCCCACAUUGGGAAGACCACACCCAGGCUGCUAGGCCAGCUGCUUCAAGCACUGCCCCAGCAAGCACAGCGCCGGUGACGCGAGCCGAAGCCAGCCAGCCGUGA